UCGAAAGCGCAUCAUCCUUACCGCUAUGUCUGCGACUCCACGCCUAGGCUCAUGCACGAUUCAUUUUACACCGAAGACAUACAAGGAAGAGACCGAGGGAAAGGGAAUAGAGCCUAAGACAAGAGGGCUGAACCUUGUUCUAUAUUCUCCCAAUCGCAAGUGGCAUGUCAAACUUACCUUUCAAGGCAAACUCCAAUCAGCCCAGAGCAGAACCUUUGCCAAAGUAACGAAACGUCGGAAAGAUCUCGAGAACCUCUGCCUUUGUAUCGAUUUCGACCUUAUACAGCUCCUAGCUAAUACGAUUACCGAGCUUCUCCUUAUACGCCAGCAGGAUACGCAUAGCCAGAGACUCUAUUUGAGGAUAUCACUUGAUACGGAAAGCGAAUACGCCGCUAUCGUCGACAAUCUAUGGUUCUGUAUAUGCGAAGAUCCAUUUCGGGUACGGUUUCCGGUAUAUAAUGGCAGUAGUAGUACAAGAAACUUGUCGGAAAUCAAGAAGAUACAAGAACUUAGUAAUGGUAUACACUUGGUAUGCGUUGAUAGCAUGGACUAUGUCUACAAGGAAGUAGACAGGCCACUAUACGUACCGAGGGAUACUGAGGUUUUGGAACAGGAGCUGCGAAAUUUGGAACGGAUACGCAGUAGUAAGGGUGUCGUGCGGCUUAUUACUGUCGUUAUAUCCGACAAUCCAUACCGAACUGCAAAGGCCAAAGACGAUAAUCCUACCAGUUUGCAAGGGAUCCUUCUCGAGUACUAUCCAAACGGCACGUUGCAAAAUGUAUUAUAAUUACCAGAGCUCAACUUCCCGUAGUACCGAUAGGCGGUUCAGAUCGCUCGUUCAAUUAAUAUUCUUUACCAG